AAAACAUUGCUAUUGACUUCCACAUACUGAAUGAAGCUUUGGGGUAUUAAUAAUGCUGCCCAAACCCUUCAACUUGGUCCUGAAAUGUCUUCUAUUCAGUUGUGUUAUAAAGUGUUUCAGUGGAGAAUUAGCACGUAAUGGAUACAAAGACCUAAUUAUCGCUAUUAAUCCUGGCGUUCCUGAAAAUCCGAAAAUUAUUGAAAAUAUCAAGCAAAUGGUGACAGAAGCUUCAGUCUACCUCUUCGAUGCUACCUACCGGCGAGCUUAUUUUUCUGAUGUGAAGAUUCUGUUACCAAUAACAUGGCCACCAGAUAUCAAGUACGAAAUUCCAACGCUCGAGACCUAUGAGAAGGCUUCUGUGAUCAUCGCUGACCCGCACGUGAAGUAUGGAGACGACCCAUACACUUUGCAGUACGGUGGAUGUGGUGAGAAGGGACGAUACAUUCACCUCACCCCAAACUUCAUGAUGCAUGAUAUGGUUGCUCUUUACGGUCCAAGAAGUAGAGUAUUUGUCCAUGAGUGGGCUCACCUCCAAUGGGGAGUAUUUGAUGAAUAUAACGAUCUUGAGCCUUUUUACAUUUCUCAGAAUAGUACCUUAGAGGCAACAAGAUGUUCAGAAGACAUAAAAGGGAAGAUUUGCAAAGGGAGUGGCUGUUCCAGUUGUAUAAUUGAUACAAACACAGGGCUGCCCGAGCCAGAUUGUGCAUUCUUUCCAGACAAGAAACAAAGUGGAUCAGCUUCCAUAAUGUACCUGCAAGGACUGCCAGAUGUGGUGCAUUUUUGUAACAAUGAGACUCACAAUUCUGACGCACCAAACAUGCAAAACAGAAUGUGUGAAAGCAGGAGUACGUGGGAUGUAAUCAUCAACUCAGAAGAUAUGAAAAACAAACUUCCAGCCAAUCCUUCAGUCUCACCAAAUAAACCAAGCUUUACAUUGCUGCAAGCCAAAGACCGAGUGCUAUGUUUAGUCCUUGAUGUUUCUGGAAGCAUGGCUUCGGAAAAUCGUCUUGACAGAUUACGCCAAGCAGCUGAGAUAUUCUUGAGGCAGAUCAUUGAAAUGGGAUCACAUGUUGGCAUUGUUACCUUUGAGUCUGCAGGACACAUCAAGAAGCAUUUGACAAUAAUUGAAAACAAUUCAGUAAGGGACGACCUCGUAGCAGCUCUACCUACAGGAACUAAUGGUGGAACAAAUGUCUGUGCAGGUGUUGAUAUUGCAUUUCAAGUACUCAAUAAAGCUGUUCAUGGGACAAAAGGUGCUGAAGUAGUUUUGUUGACAGAUGGCGAGGAUAAUAAAAUACGUAAUUGCUUUGUUAAAGUGAAGAAUAGUGGUGCUGUUAUCCAUACUAUAGCGCUGGGACCAAGUGCAGCUAAAGAACUGGAAACACUCUCUACCAUGACAGGAGGCUUGCAGUUUUCAGCCACUGAUAAUUUGGAGGUAAACGGAUUAAUUGACACUUUCACUGGAUUAGUGUCAGGAAAUGGUGAUCUUACACAACAAGCCAUCCAGCUUGAAAGUACUGGAAAGACUGUUAAUGGCAAAGGUUGGUUUAACGGUACAGUCUUCAUCGACCAGACUGUUGGGAAUGACACUUUUUUUGUCAUUACAUGGGUUACAACAACAAUACCUGCUAUCUUUGUACAUGAUCCUAAUGGAAAGAUUUACGAAAGGGACUUCAAAAUAAAUGAUGUCUUACGUACGGCUCGGCUUCAAAUUAACGGCACUGCACAGCCAGGAGCUUGGAACUACAAUAUCCAAAAUGAAAACUCAGGUUCCCAGGUUAUAACCAUCACAGCGACAUCACGAGCAGCAGAUCCGAAAGUUCCCCCGGUUAUUGUGUAUGCAUAUAUGAGUAAAAAAGAUACUUCUUUACCUGGCCCAAUGACAGUCUAUGCGGAAGUCAGUCACGGAUUUUUACCGGUCCUGUUUGCAAAUGUGACAGCUGUUGUAGAACGACCAAGUGGUGACCCUGUUAACCUUGACCUACUUGACAAUGGAUCAGGUGCUGAUAUCAUCAGCCAUGAUGGUAUUUACUCUCGGUAUUUCACAAACUUUAGUGGAACUGGGAGAUACAACCUUAAAGUUCACGUACAAGGAAAAGAGGGAACUAUGAAGAUAGCGAUGAGAAGAGGCAGUUAUGCCAUGUACAUACCAGGAUAUAUAGAAAAUGGCGAAAUUCAUGCAAAUCCAACAAAACCUCCAGUUGGUGAGGGAGAUCUUCAGCCUCAGAUAGGAAGCUUCAGCAGAGCCAAAUCAGGGGGAGCAAUUUCACUCUCUGGAAAUGCUGGAGGACCAAUCGACUUUCCGCCUUGUAAAAUUACAGACCUCAAAGCAAAAUUUGUUGAGGAUGAAAUUCAUCUAGAAUGGACAGCCCCAGGAGAUAACUUGGAUCAAGGAGCAGCAUUCAGGUAUGAGUUGAGGAUGAGUUACAGCCUGUCAGAGCUACGGGAUCAGUUUUCAAGUGCCAUUGAGGUUGAUUUAUCCCGGUUACGUCCACAUCCUUAUGGCAACACUGAAGUAAUUCAAUUUACUCCUAGGAAUAUAGAAAUACAAAAUCAGACAACUCUCUACUUUGGUAUCGUUACACAUGGUAAUAGCAAACAACCAUCUGAAUUGUCAAAUCUAGCACGAGCUUCUUUAAUUUUGCCUUUCGCACCUCCUGUGCCUCCUGUGCCUCCUGUGCUUCCUGGAGAUCCAAUUGAGUACCCUCAUGGUGUUAACAUAGCAGGAAUUAUGUUGAUUGUAGCGGGUGCUGUAAUUCUAGUUUGUCUGAUUGCUGGAGUUUCUGCAUGUUCUAUGAAAAGAAGGAGUCAGAAAAGAAUAUCUCCAAAUGAAGAAAUAAUGUAAAGAAUUGAUGCACAAAAUCAUGGAAUCAUAGAAUUAUACAGCACAGAAGGAGGCCAUUUGGCCCAUUGUGUUUGUGCCAGCUCUUUGAAAAGAGCUAUCCAAAUUCAAGCCAACUCCUCCACUCUCUUCCCAUAACCCUGCAAAUUUGUCCUCCCCAUAAUGCUGACAUAGUGCAAAUAAUGAAACAGAAUGCAUUUAAUGAAGUGAAAACCAUAUAAUUAAGCUGUACAGAUAGCCGCUGAUCAAAGACGGAAUCAAGGUCAAAGAGAAAAUAACCAUGAUCCAACUCGACUGUUCAGUGUCUUGGGACGUUCUUCUGACAUAAAAGGCACUAUAUAGAUGCAAUUUGUUUUAUUAGCCGUUCACGCUUCAAACACAUAACCAACUUACCCUCUCCCUAUACGUAUAUGAAUAUCAUAUGUAGUAAUUUUUCACAAUAAAUAAGGCACCUUAUAAAAAA